AUGGCUAAAAUAGGUAAGUUAGUCCGUGAAGUUGAAAUCAAAAGUGAUAUUAACUUGGUCUAUGAAAUCUACAAGCACAAACCAAACAACUCUACAGUCAUCGGCCCAAUUCAAGGUUGCGAUUUAGUUUCUGCUCAAUGGGGUGGGUCUGGAUUUGUCAUUCUCUGGCGCUUCAUCCAUUCUGGAAAAGUAGAAAGUGCAAAAGAAAUGGUUGAAGAAGUUGAUGAUGAAUUACACAAAAUUGUGUUUCAAGGUGAUUGGAGGAGUGUUGGAGAGAUGUAUAGUCUCUUAAUCCUCACGAUUAAUAUUGAAGAUAUGGGCCAUAAGAAGUUGGUUAUCUGGACUAUGGAGUUCGAGAAGGUGAAUGCACAUAUACCUGACCCAACACCAUAUUUAGACUUGCUUUGUGUUGUGGUCGGAGAUAUGGCUGCUAAUUUUCUCAAGCGGCUAUGAUGGUAACAAUAAAAGGAAGUGAUUGUCCAAUAAAAAAUAUAGUCGAUAUAUUUGUGACGAAUAUUGCAUGGUUGCUUGUCAAGAAAUGUAUUUUUAUUUUAAACUAGCAUAAUUUGUGAUUCGAGAAUUUUUUUUAAUUGUAGGUUAUAAUUGUUGUAAUUACUCCAUUUCAAGUGGAGAAACCAA